AUGGAGCAUGAAGAGUCCGAUCAGGAUAGACACGUAGCGUCAAACGCCGUGGUCCGACGUGCAUGUGACCAAUGCCGACUCCGAAAGAUCCGAUGUGAUAAGCGAACGCCUUGUUCGAAUUGCCGUAGCUCCAGCAUUGCAUGUCGAUCAACGGGCGAAGGCCAAAAGCCAGCAGAACCCAGACGUCGUGUGCUGAUCUCGAAUCAGUACGAGAAAAAGAUUGACUUGAUCGAAGAACGCCUGGGCAAAAUCGAGAGAUCUCUCCAAGAGUUAAGUUCUACCCCGCGAAGCUCUGGCAAGACCAAAAUUCCUGUGUAUCAAACCAACCUUACCAUCGAGCAGCAUGAUACUAGCUCUGGGUUUGAGGGUAGCUCAUCGCUUGCUGCACAUGGGGCUUAUGCGAGUGCUUUCCUUGAAACGGCUGUAUCUAAAAGCUCGCACCAGGUUCUGUCCAGUCCAAAAAUCAACGCUGCUCUAUCUUCAUUGAAGAAAAUCGUGCAAGUUCAAAACCAGCGCCGAGAGGGGGAUUUGCAGGGAGACCAAGGUUCAGCCAAUAAAGCGAGGCUAGGUGUGAGGUGCGAUAUUCGCGAACUGCAAAUGCCGCCUUUGCAAUUGGUGCUAGGAAUGUUACGGCAGAUCAAAGCGAAUCCGCCUUCCUGCUUUGGGGGCUAUGUCCCUUUUCUCAGCGUGGGAUAUUUUACGGAAAAGUGCCGCGAAGUGUACUUUUGUACAGAUGAAUAUUCGGAUGCGGCAUUUGUUAUAUCGAACUUUGGAAUCUACAGCAUCUUCUACGAGUUUGGAUACACAGAUCCGGACCCAAAUGCGCGAGAUGAGUACCUGAGCCACAUCGAGAUGUGCCGCAACAAUUUGGAGACAGCACUUGCCAAUCUGAAUAUCCUGAUGCCGGCAACACAGGAGUCAAUCAAGGCAUUAAUUGUGGGAGCUAUGCAUGCACUGGAGAUUUCUAAACCAUCCGUCGGCUGGACUCUAGCGUCAACGGCCAUGAAUCUAUGCCAGACGUUAGGAUAUCACCGCUUCUCGUCAAUGGAGCACGAUACUCCACCAGUUCAAAGAGAAAAACAAAGGGUAUUUUGGUCCGUCUAUGUCGUACUUAACAUGAUGUCUCUGCGCUUGGGACGCGCCUGUUCUAUUCAAAACUAUGACAUCAGCCUCCCAGCACCAUUUCUUGACCCCGAUAUCCCCAGCCCGUGGGGAGGUGUGUGCUUAUGGUGGACCAGGUCGGCCAUCAUCCAGAGCAAUGUCUAUCGACUCCUGUAUAGCCCCGAGGCACUGCAACAACCAGAAUCCGAUCGAGUCGCACAUGCACGUAGACUAGCUGCUGAGAUGGAAGAGACUGUUAUGGAACCCUUCGAAACAUUCAUGUCAUCUGGCCUCAAACUGGCCGAUAUUGAUGUUUUAUACCUCCAAACGGACAAAAUCAGCCGCCUGUCUAUCAUGACUUUGAUAUACCGAGCAAUUCCUGCAUCCGAAGGCUCAGGACCCACCACUACAUUCAUCCCAGAAUGUAUCAAGGCAGCCCGGGAAGCACUAGAAGUCCAUCGACAAUGUGUCGCCGCUCUCAGCGAAACAUUCGAGUAUAUAAAGAUCUCCUACAUGCACUGGGCCGUUCUGAUGUCCCCCUUCGUCCCGUUCAUAGUCAUAUUCUGCAACGUGAUAGUAACCUCCAGCGAAACCGACCUUGCCCAUUUGGAAGAUUUCAUCGGCUCCCUACGCCCUCUCUGCGCAUACUCGCAAUCCAUUGACAGACUACACACCCUCUGCUCGGUGCUGGGCACCGUAGCCCGCCUUUACUUUGAAGCGAACACCCGCCCCACCAACGAAGACCCGAGCCUUGCAGAAGUCGGGCAGGAGUUUGAUGUUUAUCUGAGUGCGCUGGGUCUUGCACCUGCUACCUCUAUGAUUGGCACUACAGGGGGCACGGGGAAUGUUCACGCGGGGACUCCAAACGCACAGGGAUAUUUCCAGGCGGAUCUCCCUUCUGUUCAUGUCACUUCCGCUGAAGUACCACAACCGUUACAGCAGGGACAGUCGUCUGGGCUCUUAUAUCAGAAUCAGAUCCAGGCCCCAACACAAGGUCCAGGCAAUGAGCCUGCUUCGGCGGAGAUGGUACAGGCCGCUCAGUUGGGGAACUGGUUCUGGGGAAAUCAGUAUAUGAUGGGCCUUUUGGAAGAGGAUUUGUCACAGUUCAAUACUGGUUAG